AUGUUUUGGAAGAGGUCAGAGCUUGCAAAAUUAAGAUCAAAAGGAAAAUUAUUAUAUCUACAGAGAUGCGAUAUUUUUCAAGAUACUAAUGUGUCGGAUAAAUGGCAAGGCAAAAUUAAAGAAAUUUCAUUUAAAAUAGAUGGAUAUAAAGACGAAGUUUUGGGUAUAAAGAAAAAUAUGAGCGAAGAAUUAAAAAAUAUUGGUGAAGAUUUAGGAAGAAGUUUAAAUGAAAAAUUGCAGAAUUGGAAGAAAAAGUUGAUGCUUUAA